AAAUGUCAUCACCAAUAAAGCAAGGCAAAGAAUUUAUGUUUUCUCCUGUCAAAUCACCAGUUGCAGAACUUCCAAAAGGCAACCUGACAGGAAAGCCGAGGAAGUUAAAAGAUGGGGCUGCUGAUGUCCAUAAUGCUAUUUUAACCUGGAAACAACUGAAUAUACAGGGUACAAGUCUUUUUAACCAAAUAGCUAACAUCAAACUGGAGAAAGUAUUUGAUGAGAGUAAGGAAUCAGAUGAUUUACCAGCCUCAUUAGAACCAUUAUGUGAACAACUUUUACUAUUGUAUCAAACUAUGAAGAAAGCAGUGAUGAAGAUAAAGAAAAUUAUAAUAAUGAUAAAUGGUAUUAUUGAUUUGAGUGAUUAUCAACACGGUGAAAGUCAUAGUGAAAUAUUCUUCAAAACUUGGACACUUCAUGACUUUGUGGAAUGUAUUAGUGAACUUCAUGGCAUGUACCAAGAGGAACUAAAAUUAAAGAAAUGUCUGAUAGAAAAUGUGGCACAUGCGUCAAAUCGUAAAAUGCUGAUGUUUUACUCUGCUUCAUGGAUUCAUCAACCCUACAUUACUUCAAAAGCUGAAUUGUUGUUGGAUAGUUUAUUAUUAGAAACUGGUUUAAAGUGAAGAUAUCACAUAAAUUUCAAAGGCUGAUAAGAGCUUAUCUUUAUGUAUCUAAUAUUUAUACUCAGUGUUCUGAGCCCAUUUAUGUUGAUAGGAGUUGCUGAAAGUAUAUUGUGAACACUGCUCUAUCAAU